ACCCUCUCACGAAUUUAAAACGGGUUUAUCAAAACAUUUUUCUUUUAAAUUCUCCCACCUCUAUGGAUGCCCGAUCGCGUCUGCAGGACCAUGCGACCCAACUAUAGAAAGAAAGAGCUUGAUCCAGCAGAGAAGGAUCUAUACUGAACUGGCCAGUUGCUUCAUAUACGUUGUAUGAUCUGGCCGGUGGUUUCGAAUCGCCCUACUAUUCUAAGGACGCCAAAUGGAUGGAAGUGACGAAGUGCCCUUUCUCAUUCAUAUAGCGGCAGCUCCAUAGAAUUGUAGGGGCAUAAGUCGAUCUUCCUUCUGUUUGUAUUGCAUACUCAAUCCAAACAAGGGCUUGUUCCAUUAAAAGAUAUCUCACAAUCCCUCUACAAUUUUCCUUUAUACUGUUCAUCCGAAAAUUUUCAUCCCACAGGUUUCCUCGAUUGAAAGCUGCGAGAAUCUCAAACGGAUUAUAUUGAACUGAAAUCUUCUGCAACCACUCGUAUAUAUUUUUAAUUUUCUUUUAAAGCACUUGUGAUUGCAAAAUAAAAAUGGGAGUCGGCGUGCGCACACUAACUGUCCUCAAACAAUUCGAACCCUUUGGCUUGAACAUCGAAGCCUCUGAUAAUGGCGAUGGGAAGCCCUUCGAUGGAGAAUACAAGUACUCUUUAUUCGAUUCACAACUUAUAAGAUCAAAUGAAGACAUCAUUUCUGCCUCCUGCAAUGAUUGCGACCACGAACUUUUCAUUCGUGGAAAACAUUUGGUUUGGAGCUCAAGUUCUCAAGUUCUUAGAAGAUACAGUGCACCAUCAACGAUCAUUAAGGUUGCUAGUUCAUCUACUUCAGAAAGAAAUUGGAGCACAUACUCUUUCAUCCACUCAGUAAAGCGCAAUAGGCUGCUAUCAAAAAGAGCGGAGAAUUUAGUAUAUGUGCAUUCCAACCUACGUCUUCUUUCACACAAACAACGUGACUACACACAAGGGGAAACGAAGAUGUGGGAUAUAGAGCUAGAGCAUAUUGAUUUGGAUGCUCCUGCUUCUUCUCUUCUUGCAUUGUGACACUUGAUGACUCGGAUGCCGAGCCAACUUAUAGUGCAAGUGCAAGUGCAAGUGGCAUUGGCUCAUCUAAUGUCAAUGUCAAUUAUGAGGAGGAUGAGGAGGAGGAGAAAGAGGAUGAAUUAGAUGAUCCAUUUGAUGAUUAAACUUUAUAUUGUUGAAAGUUGAAACAAUGAUACUUGAAUAUUUUGUCAUUUUGAUAUUAAACUUGUUGUAUAUGAUGCUAUUAUGGUA